GCCCACAGGGCCCCACGUGGCUGCGCCUUUACGCGCGUACGUCCUUUCCACGGUUCCGUCCUCCGGCGACACAAUGAUUGGCUUCAUUCUCUCUGUGUUCGCUUACAUUUUUCAGCCAGGCAGGACUGGUGUGAAUGAGCGCACUUUCAUCGCUGUGAAACCCGAUGGUGUUCAGCGUAAACUUGUGGGGGAAAUCAUACGUCGCUUUGAAAAGAGAGGGUUUAAAUUGGUGGGCCUCAAACUUCUGCAGGUGUCAGAGCAUCUUCUCAGAGAGCACUACUGGGAGCUGAGGAGUACACCUUUCUUCAGCAGGCUGAUAAGCUACAUGAGUUCUGGGCCGGUUGUUGCAAUGGUGUGGCAGGGUUUGGAUGUGGUCAAGAUUUCACGUAAGAUGUUGGGCGAAACAAAUCCUGCAGACUCGGGACCUGGUACUAUCUGGGGAGACUUCUGUGUGGAAGUGGGCAGGAACGUGGUCCAUGGAAGCGACUCUGUGGACAGCGCGCAGAAGGAGAUCUCUCUGUGGUUUGAUCCCAUCGAGCUUCACAAUUGGGACAGGAGUAGCACCAACUGGAUCUACAACUGACAGUUUGCAUCAUGCGUGUCUGAGGUAGACUAGUGCACUAGUGCAGUGUUUCCCAUCAGGAGCUACGUGGACUGUCCUUAGGGGGUAAAAAUAUGCAAAACAUGCAGAAAAACAUUAGAAGCAAAGAGGCUUCAUGUUUUGUGCCAUAUUAUAUGUAUAUAAAGGACGAAAUAUUUUAUGAAUAUUAUUCCAAAAUGACCUCACAGUGCUGUGCAAACAAUUUAUUCUUAAAAACAAUGAAAAGUUGCAAAAUGUUUGCUAUUACUAACUCUUAUGUCGUUUUCUUAACACAUAAUGUUAAUCUGCGUUUUAUAAGCCAUUGUUACCAGUUAACUGUCUGUCACUAACACUUAUGACAAGGGCCUUAAUAUAAAGCUUUACCCAUAAUUUCUUAAACGUGAUCUCAGUUUAUAAGAAAAUAGGGUGAAAUUGAAUCACUUUUUUCUUUUUUCAAGCCAUUCUCUUAUUGAUCAUCAGUUGUGAUUGUGUUGCAUUGUACUGGGCAGUGCAUUUAUCAAGAAAUAUACAUUUUGUUUCCCCUCUAAUUAAAAAUCAGGUUGCUAGCUUUGUAAUUGGUUAAUUUCUGUGAUGAAAUUUCUGUUAACCCUCUGUUUAAGUUCCUGUGUGCGUCAAGUUAUUGCUCAUUACUGUAUGUAGAUCCUGCUGGGUGUUGGGUCAGUUUGGAACAAAAAAAGUGGGGAACACUGUACAAGUGUGUGUGUGUGUGUGAGUUGUAACUGAUAGCCACCUAGUGGGUGAGAUAAUCUCUCACCGUUUCUUUAAUCCUUUACAGUUAGGUAGGAAACAGUGAUUUAUUAUUAUUUUUUUAAUAAUCAUUGAACUAUAUUUUAAAUAAACGUGAACCAAUUGAGGUCUAACUCUGGUGUUUCUGCUGUUACUUGUCAAAAUGUAUUUACCCGUCAUGGGGGUUAUGAUCUACAUGAUUUAUCUUGAGGUGAUACAUUAAUACAAGCUGCUUCCUUUCAUGCUCCAGUCCUACACAAGUGUAACUUAAGACCACUUGGGAUUACUCUUGUUGCAGCACUUUAAAGGGUUCAUACUGUCCAAAAUCAGUUAUUCACCAUUUAUAUGGAAAGGUGGUUCCGAAUUUCAUAUGAAACAUUCUCAAAGUCCCACAAGUCUAUGCAUGUGCACGAAGAAAACAACCCUGUUAAAAGAGACAUUUAGGUCUGGAACAGCUCAUUUCACAUUUCUGUGACAUGUGUAACAGAAGUAUUAACACCUGCAUGUCCAUCCGGGUGUGAAGAUGAAGCGUUUUAAUCAGAUUAAUUUGGAAUGUCUAUUUAAGGAAUCGGUUAAGAUAAGCCUGCAUUACUAUAAAACACUAAUAUGAAUAGCAAUAUCACCUUUCUAUUGAUGAUAUGAUGUUUGACCUUGGGUGACCUUGAAAGGUCACACUCAUUUUGAAUGGCUAUCUCAAGUAAUUGGUAAAAGAUACAUCUAAGGUUACUGUUAAGCAUAAAGUCUCAUAUCACCUAGCUAUUAGUCAAAUGACCUUUGACCUUGUGUGACAUUGAAAGGUCAAGUUUAUUUGGAAUUACUAUUCCAAGGAAUUGAUUAAAGAUAAGCUCAUGGUUGCUAUUAAAUACUAAUAUGAUGUUGCUUCUUUCUGCUGGUCACGUGGCCUUUAGCUUCAAACUCAAGCUGUUUAAUUCAAACCCUUUCAAGAUGAAAUGAAUUAAACAUGGUGGAAGGGACAUGUGCUCGUAGAGGAUAAAGUGGUUACAUUUUGGACAGAAUUGUCAAAUGUUAAGACCAAGCUAAACCAUAUUUUACGGUACCGCUGAAUCACAUAGAAUUGAUUUGCAUGAAUUGGUGCACUCUCUGAAGGCGCCUUCUUAUUAAUAUCUACUGUAAAACACAGGUGUAUUCGCUUGCUGAAUAUGUGUAUAAUAUGACCCCUGGAAUAAAGAUCAGUUAGAUAUGCAACAGUAUUUUCUCUUGUUUGUAGCUCACACUAAUGUUUGGUCCCAUUCUUGCUUUGAAAUAACAGUGCUGUAUAAACUGUAAUUGAUUUUUUUUUAAAUAAAAUCUUUGUAAACUCUCGCGUCAUCACUCAUGCUUUUGCUCCUGCAUUCUGUAAAGUUAAGACAGCACACAUCAAACACACAAAAAGCUGUUUUUUUGUUUGUUUGUUUUAGCACACACUUAAGUUUAAUAUUUAAUCUGCACAGAUAGAGAUCAAUGUAUGACUUUCCAUACUGAACAUAAAGGAUGAGCCUCAUUAUGUUUGGAGAUUUACAAUAUGUCCCUUUACAAAGGUGCAAACAGCCAUUUAGCAGCGUGUCACCAAACUGUCCAAUCACCAGCCAGACGGGAGUGGAGGGUACGGGCUUUGAACCAAUUAACACCUGUGGACCGAUUCUGAGAUGCACCGCUUCUACUUUUUUCUCCCGUUUACAUUUAGACAGACAAAGUACUUCCUAACUGUGACCUCUGACCUUUUCAUAAAGCUGUGUUGACAUGCUGAUGUUCCAGAGAGCUGAAGUCUGUCCAAGUGCUGGUAGAAAAAUGACUAUAUUCUUCCAAAGAUAUUUAAAUAGAGAUGACUUUAAAAUAUUUUAGCAGACACAAAAAAAUCCCAGACUUAGGUGCUUAAUAAA